GAUGGAUCCAAGCAGGAGGAGGCUUUGGAAGAAGCACCAAGCAGUGAGGAGAAAGAGGAGGAGGAAGCCUUCCUCAUCAGCCUCUACAAGUUCAUGAAGGACAGGCACACCCCCAUCGAGAGGAUCCCCCACCUGGGCUUCAAGCAGAUUAACCUCUGGAAGAUCUACAAAGCAGUGGAGAACCUGGGAGCCUAUGAGCUGGUGACGGGGCGGCGGCUCUGGAAGAACGUCUACGACGAGCUGGGGGGCAGCCCGGGCAGCACCAGCGCAGCCACCUGCACCCGGCGGCACUACGAGAGGCUGGUCCUCCCCUACGUGCGGCACCUCAAGGGGGAGGAGGACAAACCCCUGCCCCCCAGCAAGCCCCGCAAGCAGUACAAGGCCUCCAAGGGCAGCCAGCCUGGAGAGAAGAGCAGGAGGGCCAAGAAGGAGAAGGGCCAGGAGCAGGUGCCUCCAGCCAAGGUGAAGCCAGAGGACAGCAGGGAGGUGGCGGAGCAGGGCCAGGUGGCUGAGGGAUGCUCCAGCCCCGUGGUGCCGACCCCCAGCCCCUCGGGGGGCAGUCCCAGCACCUGCAGGCCCCACGCUGAGACCCACAAGCGCCUUUUCUCCAGCUUCUACUCCAAAGGCAACCACCCCAUCAUGUCUCCCCUGGCCAAGAAGAAGCUGCUGGCCCAGGUGAGCAAGGCUGAGUCCUCGCACUGCCACAAACGCCACUGCCCCGAGGGCCAGCGGGCAGCGAGCCAGGCUGCCCACACCCCCCAGCCCCUCCGGCCACCCACCGGCCCCCACCUGCAGCAGCAGAAGAGCCCAGAGCCAGCAGGAGCUCAGGACCCAGCCCAGGGCAUUGGGAGCCAGGUGGGACCCAUCCUUGGUGGCAGAGACACCCAAGGCUGCCCACAGGCUGAGGAUGGGCACCAGGCCCCUGCCACCUUUACCGGCUGCUUCCAUGCCUGCUGCAGCGAGGGGCUCAAGCCCCUGGGCUGCCACCGGCUCUGGGGGCACUGCUCCAGCCUGAAGGAGUGUUUGGAGCCAUCUUCCAGCUUCCCACCAUCCCCACCCGAGGAGCCCCAAGACCUGAGGAGCCCAGCGGGGCAGCGGUGGAGCGGGGACGGCCAGCGGGCAGUCGGCAAAGGCUGCUGGGUGACCCCCGGGGCCCUGCCAAGGGGCAAGCGUGGCCAGGAGGAGGAGGAGGAAGAGGAAGAAGACGAGGAGGAGGAGGAUGAAGAGGAUGAGAUGGUGUUUGGCCCCAGUGCCAAGCUAGGUGCCAUCUCCCCCUUGCUGGAGGGCAGGGAUAGGGGCAGCGGGGGCCUGGCCAAGCCCAAGGCGGUGGUGGCCAGCCCUGGGUACAGCCCGGGGGGGUACACGGGGGUGAUGCUGCGCUUCCCCCUGAGCUUCGGCAACCCCCUGGAGCACCUCAAGAGCCAGGGGGUGCCGGUGCCACCUGCCCUCUCUGCCAGCCCCUUCAUCAUCCCUGCUUUCCCCAGCCCUUUGGUGACCACCUCCACGCAGCCCCCCGAGCUCUGCCAGCCGCUGGCGCCCGGCCUUGGGCACUACCCAGUGUCCAUCGAGGGCUCCCUGCGGCACCAGCCCUACCCGGCGGCGCCGUGGCGCGGCCCUGCCAGCUCCAGCUCCCCACACGUGCCAGCCUUCCACCACCAUGCCAGGCUCUAG